UCCCCUUCCCCAUCCCUCCAACAUGUUUGCUCUAUCCUUGGGUCAAGUACUUGACAUGAACUUUUCGUCAUAAAAGACACUGACUGUUUCAAAUCACGAUAAUUAUCACACCUGGAUUCCUCGAAUAUCGACCCUCGUUGUUUCCAGUCAGUUGGUAGCUGUGUACCUAAACCGCUUUGGUCAAUCAUCACUUUUAAACUUUGCACAUCAUCGACGCUAUAUCGACAGCUUAUCCCACCGAGCGGCCUUGUAUUUACGGUUGAGACUUUCUGCGUACUACCAAAGUUACUCCUGGCCCUUACCUCGUUGGGACGCCACCCCAUCGCCCACCGAAUAACUGCUUGGAAAGGGGAGGAUUACUAAAGACCUCUGGAUACCUACCUUUUGUUCCUAGCAAUAGCCAGCUACUUUUAGGACGCGUUACCACUUUGUUCAGCUUCUUACGCCGCUCCCCUCAAGCUUUGUUGUCCAUCCAUAUUCGCCCGUUUGCACAUUUGCCAGUCAAACACAUUGAGGCCGCAGUCUGCAAGAUAUUGCUUUUGCAGGCCUCCUUUGACGUUCGAACACAACAGAAGCUAGGCAGAGAAGGCCUGGUUUCCUAGCAUCCACUGACGAUCUUUUGAUCAACCUGCUGGGUACCAAUUUGUUGUUACACAUUUCUUUCGCACAUUCAAGAUGCCCAGGAGAUAUCCCGAGACUUCAGGCUCCAAGAAGCCCAUGAAGACUGAGCGAUCCCAUGAAGAGAACCAAGAGCGGGCGUAUAUCGCCGCCUCCAGACGAUCAGACCGAAGCCUUGAAGCGCGCGUUGCAUCCGCACGCCUUGCUUCGGAGAUACACAAGAAACGUACAGGAAAGGGGUUCAAGAUCACAGAGGAGAUAGUCUCGAAGGAGGAGAUGUACGAGGAGGAGGAAGAUGACAUCCCUAUGAGCAUCCGCGCAAGCUUGGGAUCAUCACUUCAUACCAGCUCAGCACACUUCAAUGCCCGGAUGGACGCCUACGUCGCGAAGCACAUGGGCAUGGCACAGAUGGCAAGAGAGCUCGAGAUUGGCCAACAGUUCGAACAACAUUUCCCUGGCUUUAGCAGCAUGAACUCUCGGGCACGGAUGAUGCAGCAGCAGCAGCAGAUGCAACAGCAGGCUCAAUACCACCAAGCUGUGCAACCACAGCAGCAAAUGAUGCCUCAAAAUACCCGACACCUCUCAUAUGCACAGCAGGAUAUGCCAAGCCGCGACUUCUCCCAAUCGCCUACUUCAGAUGUUCACUCCCAGUUCCAGUCACCAGUGACGCGGACUACCUCCCUGAGCGAGACAUCUUGCAGUCCACAGGCAUCUUAUGUGCGCCGUCAUACCGUCCCCGCGGACGGCAUGGACAACACUGCGGACGUCGAGAGGAUGAGGAUGAUGAGUUGUCAGCGCCACAACUCAAAUGAGACCGUUUCCACACCCGCAUUGACAACAGCAUCGGGAGGAGACUCGCCCCAGGCCCACCUGCAUACGCCCGAGCUUAACGUCGCGAACCCCUACAUGACGACGGAUACCCUUCGCCCGAUGGUUCCUACAGCACCCAUCGUCAACGGCAACUCGGUCUUCACUUCCCAGCUCCCUGCCAACGUGGAGCAGAUGCUUUCAGGUCCUUGGGUAGACUACAGCAUGACUUACCGUCACUCUUCGGUCGAGGCACAACAGUCACCUUUGACAGGACACCAUGGAGACCAGGAAAUAGACCAGCUUCCGGAGUGGCUGCAGACUGACCCGGAUCAGAAGACACACCACAGCUACCUCCACACCACGAGUGCCGAGGCUCACGGUUGCAACGACGCUUUUGCGAGCCCGAUCGGCGUGAACCACAUGUUCCAAGACGAUGGAACAUUUGGCGGUGUCACCGAUGGACUCGGCGAGGAUAUGAACUACAGCCUUGAAGAAAUGGACAUGGACCAGUACUUCAACUUCGAGUCAUUCAAUACGAUACCGACGCAGCCCCAGACUUGAAAGGUUGAUAAUCGUUUGAUUAAAGGAUCGGGAGUCUUGUCCAUUCGACCUGUCGCUACUAAUAAGCUCAACCUCCGAAUUUGAGAGCGCCGAGGCUUCGAGCCCAAGUCAACAUAAUGUACAUCUACGACACCAAAAGUCUUGUUUCUGCUUUUUUUUCUCGAAUUCAAAGUUGAAGAAAACAGCUAUUCAUUUACAAUACCGCAGCUCCAACAAUAGUUUUCGGGACCUCGGAUUUCAUUGAACAACAAACCGAGACCAUACGCAAUUUUCGAGCCCAACAGUCACGGAGGCCGGCUGAAUUCGGUUCUUCAAUUCCAGACCACUCACAGUACCAGUGGUCUCAUGUCGUCACCCAGCUUUGGGCUGAUAUUUUGGGCAUUCGUCCCAUUUUUUUUUCUCAUCACGGAGGAAAUAUGUAAGGAAAAUGCAAAGGGAUAUAAACAGGCAUGCACGGCAUCGAGUAUUUUGGCUCGAGAUUAUGAGAGUUACGCAAGGAGUUUUGGGCGCACGCAUACAUGAUGGAUUUGCAUUUCAAGGGAUAAAGAAGAAAUCACCUUGAUCGAUAUACGGACGGGCUAGUUUUCUCCUUGUCCUUCCUUUUUGACUUUUUUUUAUAGCAGGCCGUGGACCAUGUUCUAUGUGCUUUUCUGCUUUUGUACUAUUAAGGCCUUUGAGCCUUCAAGGGACUUAAAUCAGAUACCCCGCCUCCGUUACGGAGGAAACAAAGUUGACCGCCCGAUGGGUUAAUACAAUCAAGGUUAGCUUGAAAAUAUACAAUUGAAAUUUGUUCGACGGUCG